UGUGUCCCUUUGGGGUUCGCCUCCGUGCAAAAACGCGAAGGAAGCAGCAGGUAGCUUUGGUGGUCCAGGGUGGGAGGGAAGCUGCUUGUUCGUUAGGACCCGCUGCAAUAAAAGUCCACGAAGUCGUGCGCGGUGCCGCGCAAGCUUUGCGGGUCUCUAGAGCUGCUGCUACAGGUAGGCUAGAGGGUGUGGGUUGGGGGGAGAGGAGAAGAAAAUAGUGUUUCAGAGCGUAAGGGAAAAGCCUGCCGUCUGUUAGUCUUAAUAUGGAGUACAGGAGGUGUUAGGUUUAAUUGCGUUAGUCUCUGCCAAGCGAAACUGCUAUUGCAGUUACGACCUGCUUUUAUGGGCAUCUGGUUGGCUACUGUGAGAACAGAUUGCUGGAGUAGGUGGGGCACUGGCCUGAUCCAGCAGGGCUCCUCUUGUGUUUCUGGGGUGCAAGAAAAAUGGCAAGUUGUACCAAAUGCUACUGGAUCAGAGAAGAAAGGGCACUGCUCCCACAGAAAUACUAAUAAUAAUUUGGAUUCCCGUCAAUCCCAGGUUUCAGAUAUCGAUAAUGUGACAGCUGAGGUUGCCAUGUCUGCUCUGUGUCUUCCUCCUUCUCCUGCCAAGGCUGAGAUUGCACUGAGUGGAGAGUCACCAUUACUGGCUGCUACCUUUGCAUACUGGGAUAAUAUUCUUGGCCCCAGGGUCAGACACAUCUGGGCCCCCAAAACAGAGCAGCAGCUUCUCAGUGACAGAGAAAUAACAUUUCUUGCAAACCACACUCUGAAUGGGGAAAUACUUCGGAAUGCAGAGAGCGGCGCAAUAGAUGUGAAGUUUUUUGUUUUGGCUGAGAAAGGAGUCAUUAUCGUGUCCUUAAUUUUUGAUGGGAAUUGGAACGGGGACAGAAGUACAUAUGGACUAUCAAUAAUACUUCCACAAAGUGAGCUCAGUUUCUACCUUCCCCUUCAUAGAGUAUGUGUUGACAGGCUGACACAUAUUAUAAGAAAAGGAAGAAUAUGGAUGCAUAAGGAAAGGCAAGAACACUUUCAGAAGGCUGUCCUGGAACGCACAGAGAGAAUGGAAGACCAGGGCCAGAGCAUCAUUCCAUUGCUGACAGGGGAAGUUGUUCCUGUAAUGGAACUCCUUUCAUCUAUGAAAUCACACAGUGUUCCAGAAGAAAUAGAUAUAAGUGAAACCGUGCUUAGUGAUUAUGACAUUGGAGACAGCUAUCAUGAAGGUUUCCUCCUUAAAGCCAUCAGUUCACACCUGCAGACCUGUGGUUGCUCAGUAGUUGUAGGAAGCAGAGCUGAAAAAGUUAAUAAAAUAGUACGGACAUUGUGCCUCUUUCUUUCUUCAGCAGAGCGUAAGUGUUCUAGGCUGUGUAGAAAUGAAACCUCCUUUAAUUAUGAGUCGGGGCUUUUUGUGCAAGGAUUGCUUAAGGACGUUUCCAGAAGUUUUGUGUUGCCUUUUCGUCAAGUGAUGUAUGCUCCAUAUCCUACUACGCACAUCGAUGUAGAUGACAACACAGUGAAACAGAUGCCUCCUUGCCAUGAACAUAUUUAUAAUCAGCGGCACUACAUGAGAUCUGAGCUUACAGCUUUUUGGAGAGCCACUUCAGAUGAAGAGAUGGCUCAGGAUACCAUUACCUAUACAGACAAAAGCUUCACUCCUGAUUUGAAUGUUUUCCAAGAUGUCCUUCACCAAGACACUCUAGUAAAAGCAUUCCUGGAUCAGGUCUUUAAUUUGAAACCUGGAUUGUCUCUGAGGAAUGUGUUCCUUGCACAGUUCUUAUUAAUCCUUCAGAGGAAAGCCUUAACUCUCAUCAAAUAUAUAGAAGAUGAUACGCAAAAAGGCAAAAAGCCCUUUAAAUCGCUCCGUAGCUUGAAGAUAGACCUGGACUUAAGAGCAGAGGGUGACCUCAACAUAGUUCUGGCUUUAGCUGAGAAGAUCAAGCCUGGGUUACAUUCAUUUCUGUUUGGCCGACCUUUCUACACUAGCGUUCAGGGACAUGAUGUCCUAAUGGCAUUUUGAAGAUGUUUUUGAUGUGAGCUGUUAUAACUCCUCAAUGCUUUCUAAAUAUAAUGCUAAAGGGAAUUCAGUGCUUCCCUUCAUGUGCUGCAGUCCGAUGCAACAGAAUGUGAGGUUAACACUAGAGCAGUCUUCCCCACCCUAGUGCCCUCCAACUAUCAUCAGCUCCAGCCAACAUGGUUAAUGGCCAGGGAUGAUGGGAGUUGUAGUCUACCAAUAUCUAGAGACUACCAUGUUGGGGAAGGCUGCAAUACAGCCAGUAGAAAAAAGGGGAGGGAGUACUAUUUGGAGUUGAGUCACUUCAACUUAGACACAUAUCAGAGGCUCCAUUUUGUUUACAGUAAGAGUAAAUAUUGUUGUAAUUUGUUUUAAGGCUAGCACUGGGAUUUUCAAAACAAAGUAAAGAGGACAGCUUAAUGGAUUUUUAAGAGUAUACUGGAUUUGUCAUUUUUUCUUCAUGUGGGUGGUAUCAGGAGAAAUACUACACUUUCCUCUUUCUGUUCAGGGACUGUUGAUUGCAAAACAAAUGUCAAACGUAGUUUCAGUACUAUCACGUGCAGUGUGUUUGUUAGAAUAAACUAUGCCGUCUGUAUUUUUGCCUGUUACAUACUCUUUGAAAGCCACAAGAAACCUGUGGUGACAUCUUAAGCAUUUAUAUAGACUUGAAUGAGGUGCUGCUUUUAGGCUGGGCACGAUUUUGUGCCCAAGUGACAAGCAAGGCUAUUCUAGUGGCAAUAGUUACAAAUUUUCAGAGUGCAGAUUAGGAAAACUAGAUUUUAUGCUGAAGAGAGCAAUUGCCAAGCUUUUUCUGAUGAACUGCUAGUGCAAGCCAAAUAAAAUCCCCUACAUCUCCUAUGCUGAGCAGUUUGGGGGUGAAGGGGACUGGUUAGACCUAAACUCUGUUGGUAAUACAUUUGAUAGAAGGGUGAUAGUAGCAAAGGUUGUUUUCUCUUUAACUUCAACUUGUUUGCUGCUUGUCUGUGUGCUGCUUCUCAACUGAAAAAGGGGCAUGUGUGUAUGCCUCCUGUUUGACAUUGCCUUUUUUACCUUUAUAAUAUAGAAUAUUUUACAUUGUUUUAAUGCAUGAGUUUGGCAAAGUAAAAAUGCCAUAAUACUGCAUGUCAUAUCGUACUUUAAAAGUUUUUAAAUGAAUGCUGCUGUCUUUAAUUGUUUUUCUAGGGGGAUUGCAAAAUGUCAAUAUGUUCUUUAAGUGCAAUAUUUUUGUGUUCAUGAUUAGGGAAAUUCAUUGUUAAAAAGACAUCUCUAAGUACACUUAGUCAAGGCUUUUCUUAAAAGUUAGUUUCUUAGUCUUUAGGUUCAUGGAAACCUGUUGCCUUUUGUGAUCUAGUGGCUAUGGUUCAUGUGUAACGGCUUAGGCUGCAAUCCUAUAUACACUUACCUGGAAGUAAAUCCCAUUGAACUUAGUGCUUUCUUCUAAGUAGAUAUGUAUAGGAUUGCACUGUUAGAUGAGCACAUGAAGUUCAGAGGAAGGGUUUCUUGUUCAACUUUCCCCCUUAGUAAAAUCCUAAAUAUUAUUGUGUAGGGGUGACACUGUCAAAGCAGAUUUUACCAUUUGGGAAAACAUGGAUGGGGGCAAUAGCUCAGUGUGAAGCUGUGGGUGACCAAAAAACAAUACGAGAUGGAAAAUACAUCCCAGAGUGAAUGUCCUGAGCAUAACUUUGGUGGCCUGCUGCAUAUAGCAAGAGUCAAGAAGCCACAAAUGCCUCUACUAUUGAGAUUAACAGCCAUGUGCAGCCUUCAGUAUUUAUGGUGCAGUACAAUGAAUAUUUCUGGGGUUAGGGCUAGUGAUAAAUAUAGGGGGAAUAGUCAGAAAAUGAAGAUAACCAUGCUUUUCGAUAAUUUAUGGCGUGAUAGUCUUGGGUGCUGGUUUAAAAGCAGCUUAUACAACUGCACUUCUGUUGUUGUACUUAUCAGUUAAUUUGGUAUUGAGAUAACUAUGAUUUUUUUGUUUACAUGUAAUCACUAGUUGCACAUAACAGUAAGCUGUAGUUACAAUCAUCAGCAAGCUACUGCUGAUGCACGCUGCUCAAAUUGCACCUGUCUUAUUUAUCCCUUUGCUGAGUGGGAAGGGAACAAACCACAACUCUGGCUUAGCAUUAAGUGCAAACGGGUACUCAUGGUUUGUUUUCUCCAUCCCACAAGUCUUAAUUUUCACAUAACGUUAAGGGGUGGAGCAGGCACAGUUUGUGGAGCAGGCACAUGCAUGCUGCUCAUUCACAGUUAUCCAUGGCUGGCAUGCAAACUAGGGCAUUCAAUUGUACCAAACGUUGAAUUUGUCAUGUCUGGAGUUGGUUUGAAACUAUCAUAAUUUCUAUUUACCUGGAUCUCUAUAACUUUCAUGCAUCUAGGUCUUGGCAUAGCAAGGUGCUUGAAAAAAUGCAGAGGGUGAAAGGUAUUGCUGACAUACUCUAGUAAUAAGACAAACUCAAUUUAUUUACCAUUUCUUUAACGCUGCAUAAUAGGAUGCAAACUAUUUUUAAUUGUCUUAAAGUGACUGAUGUGACUUUAGAGUUCUGAUUAGUAAGUACAGGAGAGAUUGCCACACAGAAUACAUUUUUGAACCAUAUAUAUAUAUAUAUUUAGGCAAAUAUAAUGCAUUACUAAAAAGAGAGCUCGGUUGCCUGAAAUACAUCAUGAUAUCAGAUGUUUACUAUGGAAUGUCUAAAUAUUACAAAUUUGCUCCACGUUUUUUAUGCACUUCUGUCAUGUAUACACAUUAUAAUAAAAGAUAAAUA